CAGUGCAGGAGAACUAGUCCAGUAGUCCAGGCUGCUGGGGGCCUGGGGCAGCCAUCGCCCACAUCCGUGAAUCACAAGGAAGGACUUCCACGGCUCUAGUGUGUGGCCCCAACUCUUCAUCUGCCGCUAGCUGUCCGGAGCUCUGCGCCCACCCCCAUCCCUCUUCCUGAAGCGACUGCUGGGCUCAGAGAAGACAUUCUCUUCCUCUGGAAGCUGGAGUGAGGAAAUGGACUCAGUGGUCGUUGAGGAUGUGGCUGUGGUCUUCAGCCAGGAGGAGUGGGCUUUGCUGGAUCUCGCUCAGAGGAAACUCUACAUAGAUGUGAUGAUGGAAACCUUCAGAAAUGUGUCCUCAGUCUCUCCAAACGUUACUGAUGGAGAAAACUUAUCCAGCGAACAUAUAAUGGUACAGCUCAUGAAGACUAACACCUCCUCCUCCAUGUUAGGAAAAACCUCUGUAGCUCAUGUUCACAAAGACCAGCAGAAAGACCAGAGGAGAACUGUAAGAAACCCUACAGUAGAAAACCUCUGUGAAAGCAAUGAAGGUAAUCACUGUGGGAAAACCGUCAUCCAGAUUCCAGACCUCACUGUGUUACAAAGCAAUGCCCCCAAAGUAAGUCCUAUUGAAUGCUGUGAGUAUGGAAAUACUUUUGUGGAUCCUUCUUCACAUAAGCAUCAUAGUUCUCACACUGGAUGCAAUACCUGUCAGUAUAAAGAAUGUGGAGAAUCCUGCAGUUGUUCCUGUCACCUAAUGACUCCUGAUAUAACUCUGAAUGGAAAUACACCCCGUAAAUGUAAGGUAUGUGGGAAAGACUUCACAUGUAUCUCAACACUUAAGAUUCCUGUGACAACACUCACUGGUGAGAAACGCUAUAAAUGCAGUGAAUGUGGGAAACAUUUCUGUACUUUCUCAUCCUUUUGGACACAUGUUAGAGACCAGAAAUGUAAAGAAUGUUGUAAAACAUGCAGUCUUCCCUCAUCCCUCAUUUUACAUAAAAACUUGAAAAGCAUAGAUCUGCCCUACAAGUGCAAAGAGUGUGGUAGUGCAUUUGGGGAGCUCUCAGCCUAUACUACACAUAUAAAUGCACAUGUUGUAGGGAGGCCUCAUGAAUGUAGUCAAUGUGGGAAAAUCUUCAGGUACCUUUCAGCCCUCACUUCACAUAUAAGGAUUCACAGUGGAGAGAAGCCUUUUGAAUGUCAUCAAUGUGGUAAAACGUUUAGUGAGGCCUCUUCCCUCACAAAACAUACGAGAACGCACACGGGAGAGAGGCCCUAUGACUGUAAGGAAUGUAGUAAAUCCUUCAGAUGUUCCUCAGACCUCACUGCACAUAAAAGAACUCACAGUGGCCACAGGCCUUAUGAAUGUAAGGAAUGUGGGAAAGCCUUCAAGCAGCUCUCAGCUCUAACUAAACACAUACGGACCCACACCGGGGAGAGUCCUCAUGAAUGUAAGCAGUGUGGGAAAGCCUUUAAGUACCUGUCGUCACUGACUACACAUAUACGCACCCACAGUGGAGAGAGGCCUUAUGAGUGUAAGGAGUGUGGGAAAACCUUUAGGCAGAUCUCAGCCCUCACGACACAUAUAAGGACGCACACUGGAGAGAGACCCCAUGAAUGUAAGCAAUGUGGGAAAACAUUUAGGUACCUCUCAGCCCUCACUAUACAUAUAAGGACCCAUAGUGGAGAGAGACCUUAUGAAUGUAAGCAAUGUGGGAAAGCCUUUAGGCAGAUCUCAUCCCUCACGACGCACAUAAGGACGCACAGUGGAGAGAAGCCUUAUGAGUGUAAGGAAUGUGGGAAAGCCUUUAGGUACCACUCAUCCCUCACGACACACAUAAGGACUCACAGUACAGAGAAGCCUUAUGAGUGUAAGGAAUGUGGGAAAGCCUUUAGGCAGCUCUCAGCCCUCACGACACAUACAAGGACUCACAGUGGAGAGAGACCUUAUGAGUGUAAGGAAUGUGGGAAGGCGUUCUGGUACCUCUCAGCUCUCACUGCACAUGUAAGAACUCACAGUGGAGAGAGGCCUUAUGUGUGUAAACAGUGUGGGAAAGCCUUUAAGCAGCUCUCAGCCCUCACUCCACACAUAAGGACUCACAGUGGAGAGAGGCCUUUUGAAUGUAAUCAAUGUGGGAAAGCGUUUAUUCUGUCUUCUCACCUUUCCAGACACAUAAAAACUCACAGUGGAGAGGUCCUAUGAAAGUUAGCGAUUUGGGAAAGCCUUUAGGUGUUCCUCAGAUCUUACCACACAUAGAAUGCAGUGUAGAGAGGCCCUAUGAAUGUAAGGGAUGUGGGAGAAUCUUUAGUUUUUAAUAAUUCACAGUGGAGUGACUUUCAACAGUUGGAUGUUUCAUCCUCUUUAUUAUGAUUUCAGGAAGCAAAUUUCCAAAGACUUGAUUAAGGCACAACAUUUCUAAAUAGAUAAGAAAGCAAUAGCAAUUCAAAGGGGUCACUAGUGCUACUUUUGUCUGUGGGAGAAAUUAGGCUUGUAAGAGUGAGGCUGUUCUCAUUAGUGUUGUUAUUAGUUCACGCUACAUUUUACUUUUCUUAAAGCUCUAGCCAUUACGAAUGAAGCUGUUAGGGAAUAUCUUGACCAAAUGUGGUUUUAUAGUUUUUGACGUUUUAUUGAUGUUAUUUUGCAUACAAUAAAAUACACGAGUUUGUAUUUGGUUUAAGUGUAUAUUAUUUUGUUUCCAUAUUAGUCACAUUUCUUUCCUAUUAUAAAAUUACCUAUUUUACCUUUGUAAUUAUUAAACUCGUUAUGGAGUGAUGCUUUGAGACUGCAAAUAUUCUGCUUUUCAUUGUAUUUUGGCCUACUAGUUUUAGUGAGCUUAGAUAAUUAAUGCUUGUGAUGAUUACUGUGGUGCCUACCAGAUGUCUUCUGUUCCAAUCGUUUCUCUGUUUAUUAAGAUUCUACAAAGAAUAUAUUUUCCAUUUCUGUCUUUUAUUAUUAAAUCAUUUACACCAAUA